AACAAAACGAAAACGAACAACUCCGUUUAGGUGCAGCCCUGGGACCAGUUUUCAGCGUGCUUCAACGUCUGCUGGUUUGGCACUCGGCCGACUGCUGGCACGUGCCGUCCGCCAGCACCAGCUCGUCGUCGACGGCGGGCUCCGCCGCCGCUUGCGGGUCAAGGGGUCCGUCGAGUCAGCUUCUGCCCCGAGACGCCACGGGUGCACGCAGGCUGGGAGCAGAGCUAGCUCCGCUAAUCCUCGGGGUCCCAUGUCGACCGUCUUCAAGAAGAUGGCCGUGGGCGGGCGCAUCUCGGUGUUCAAGGCCGCGAAGGUCUACCGCCCAGGAUCCAUCGCGGCGCCUUCGAUCGCAAAGGUGCCCUUGGCCGAGGCGCUGGCAACAGCGAAGACCAAGGUGACAUUCCUCGAGGUUGACACGCUGAAGGGUCUGCCGGUGAACCCGUCCGUGUCCACCAAGACCAUUGAUCCUUAUUUGGCUUCGUACGUCAGCGACAUGCACGCGGCCUUCUUUGGCGCGAAGUGAGGUGCCGUGAGAGAGCUCGCCCACCGCCAAGGGGCUCUCCGUGGAUUUCCCCUAUCCUGUACUCUGUCCCCUUUCGCCAAUUGGUUUGCAUCGAGCAUCAACUAAUCUUGCUCUACGAUGCACGCUGCAUUCAGACCCACUGUUGCACUGUCCAAAAACCACGAACUGUUCGAGCCCCCUGAGUGCGCUUUAGGGAACGGCCAUGAAUUCCGAGUUCCCCUGCUGGCGCAUUGGCAGCAGUCGCCCUCGCGGCGAGCUCAGAAAGCAGCCGCCGUGGGAGCGGAGCGCCUCGAGCAGGUGUUCGCUCGUGUUGUCAACCGACAUUUUCUCGAAAGACUCACGUUGACAACCGUAGCCGGCUUGCUGGGCGUAAGUGGUUCAGAGAGUUCAUUCUUACACGCCAGCCUUACCGCAUCACCCUGGUGUUGUGCCCCGCGAGGGUGCCGUGCGGAUUGCAGUCUGCGGCA